CCUAUAAAAACAAAGGCAAAUCAGUUGACGCAAUCGAUGCGCAGUUGAAUAGAAAUGAACGCGGCAAGUCAGCAGUUACACCCAGCCACGUCGUUUCACCAAGGCAGCGCUUGCGCGAUUUGCGACAGGCAAUACCCUUUAUUUUUCAAUAAGCAACGCGUUGGGUCAACAAUUUGUCAUUGCAUAACUCGUUCGAUCCCUCCGUCAUCAUGAGCUAUUAUCCUCCCUUCAACGGCUACCCGCCUGUGCAGGACCCUUACCAUUCGUCGUACCCAGGGUAUCCGUCCCCCGCACCGCCUAUGCCACAGGGACCACCACAGGGCUACCCACCCGGGCCUCCGUCUGGAUCCCAAUCUCCUUACGGAUACCCUCCGCCUAGUGGUCCUCCUCCACCUCAGUCGGGCUAUCCAGGUCCUCAGUCAACCUACCCCGGCGGCCCUCCUCCAAUCCCUUACAACUCCCGUCCUGGAGCUUAUCAGCCUGCCUCUUCACAAUCACACGGUGGUCAUACAUAUCCAGAUGCUCCAUUCUCCCAUCCACAACAACCCUCCUACCCAGGUUAUGGAGGCCCGCCGAUGUAUCUUGGGACACCCAUUCCUCAUCACUUGGUGACGUUUUAUCAGCCACCACCAGUUCAAGGAUACCAGAAUGAAGUUCAGCGAAUGAGAAAGGCUACAAAGGGCUUCGGGACUGAUAACAAGGCCGUAAUCGACAUUCUCCACCCCUUGAAUGCCAUUCAAAUGGACGAAUUCUCUAGGGCAUACCAGGCUACCUUCGGGACGAAUCUAAUUGACCUCAUGAAGAAGGAAACGAGCGGCUAUUUCGAGUUUGGUUUGGUUGGACUCGUACAAGGCCCGUUGUUAUGGGACGUUACAUUGAUUGAGAAAGCAUGCCACGGAGCCGGCACCAAUGAGAUUCUUUUAAAUGAGCUUCUGUUGGAUCGCACGAAUGCCGAAAUUUCUGCCCUCAAAGGAGCUUACGAGCGGAAACACCGCCGGUCGCUCCAAUCAACGGUCGAAGGAGAGUUAUCUCUCGACACCAAACGCCUCUUCAAUAUUGCACUGAGCGCCAAUCGCGAUGAAUCAGACACUGGAAACCCUAACUACCAGCCUGACCCGGCUCGUGUCAACCAAGAUGUGCAAACAAUCAAGAAUUACCGCGGAUAUGGCGACUCUAUGCUUGUUUGCAACAUCAUCCUCAAUUCGAACAGAUCACAUUUGGCAGCUGUCGCCCAAGGCGUGUUGCACGCUACCAAGAGGACCAUACAACGACAUAUCCAAAGUGCAUUUUCGGGACAUAUGGAACAAGCGCUACUCUAUGUUCUUGACGGGAUUUCGACGACACCCGGCCCUCCACCUGAGGGCAAAGUCUACGGCGUGGAGCGAGACGCAGGAUUACUGGUCCAAGCCAUGAAGGGUUUAGGCACGAAGGACGAGCAACUGACCUGGCGUAUCAUCAGACUGCACUGGAAUAAACCACGCUUUGAAGUUGUCAAGGCCGCAUUCCAUCACAAGGAGGGCAAGGCGCUGGUCGCGAGGGUCAAAUCUGAAACAAGCGGUAACUAUCGUGAUUUGUUAUGCAUCAUCGUGGCCAAUUAGUUUGACACAAGCUUGGUCUGUGUGUUCCGGAGUUUCGUGUGCGAAACCUGGAUCUUUCAGCGGUUUAUUCUUGGCAAGCUUUUCUUAGAAUUAUAUCAUAGUUUCCGCCCGUACAUUCGGAAUCGUGCGUUUAAUGUCCUAUGAAAUCCGUAGAGUUUGCGCCCGCUGGUGUAAAUCCGCUGUAUGAGAGAUCUGGCCUUCGUUUGACAGCCGUAAUUUGAAUUUGCAAGGGCCAACGGGAAUAGCCGGACUGGAGCAACGUUGACUGCAACACU